AUGCCUAUCAUUUACUCAUUGGUAUCAAGAGGAUCAUCAGUACUCGCAGAGUACACAAACACAACAGGAAACUUCCAAACAAUCACAAGACGUAUUCUCGAUCUGAUACCUCCCAAUGAGACAAAGAUGUCCUACACUUAUGAGAAAUAUAACUUCCACUACUUGGUACAUAAUACAUUGACAUUCUUGUGUAUGGCCGAUCAUGAGUUUGGACAAAGGAUACCAUUCCUCUUCCUAGAGGAUAUAAAGAAUAGAUUCAUGCAGAGAUAUGGCGACAGUGGAAGGACUGCACUUGCAUACGCCAUGAACACUGAGUUCUCCUCAGUACUCGAGCAAUUGAUGGACCAAUACAACAACAAACCCAAAGCAGAUUCCCUUAGUCGUACCCAAGCACAAGUAGAUGAGGUCAAGCAAUAUUUGAUCAGUGAUGUUGCUCCUCAACUAUUAAAGCGUGGAGAGAAGAUUGAGAUACUUGUGGACAAGACCGAGAACAUGGUACAGGAAUCGUUCAAGUUCAAGAAGCAGAGCAAACAACUAAAGUGCACAAUGUGGUGGAAGAACUUCAAACUCACUCUUAUCAUUGCUGCUGUUGUCGCUAUCAUUAUAUUCAUCAUUGUGCUGUCAGCUUGUGGAGGAUUCAGUUUCCACAAGUGCCGCAAGUGA